GUUUGGUUGGUUGUCUGAUCAACACGGUACUUUCCCGAGGGGUAUUCAAUUUUCUGGGAUGAUUCAGUUGGAGGUCUGCAUACCGGUAGAGGUGGAAGGCAAAUAUGGAGAGUUCUACCCCGGUGUCAUCAACGGGUUGAAAUCCUUAGAAGAACUUAAUGUGACACUAUUAGAUUCUUCCCACUCGAAAGCCCUUGUGGAAUUCACUCUCCCUCCUUCCUCGUUGCGUCUCCCUCCAAAGGAUCCAGGAACAGUUCUAGAACCAGUCCAAGGACUAGAGGUUGAUGUGUUAAUCAGCUCAUCUCCUGGCGAGCCACCUGUAGACCAUGAGUUAUCAAGUGAUCCGAUUGCUUCUAAACUUUCUGCCUGGUGGCCUGCUGUUGUAAGGAAAAUUGGUGGGAGUUUUGUUAUUGUGGAGUUAAUGGCUGACUUCUCUUCUGAGAAUGCUGGUUCAAACGAAGUAACUGUCCUUCCCAACAAACGCAUUAGUGUCCCUCACCCUUCAUCACUUGAAAAAACAGAUAUUGUUGAAAAGCACCAAUUGAGACCACGGAUUCAUCAUCCCAAUCUUAGUGUCUCGUCCUUUCACAUCCAUGCUAUAGAUAUACCGGACGAGUUAGCUCCAUAUUGCAGAGAGCCUGCCAAUUACCAUCAUUUUGCGCGACGAUGUGGUUUGCCUGUCCUGAUCACUUUGGCGCCCGACACAUUUAAACCCGUAUCCCCAGUUAUUAAGGGGGACAGUGAGACGUACAACCUAAAGUCCCGUUUGCUUGUAAUUUCUACAGAUAUCUCCACAAUCAACAGGGCAUCUGUCAUCGACAACACGUUCGUUGACAUGCUGCGACAAAAAGUCUCCAUUUUGCAACAAACUGAAGAACUAUCCAAAAAGUUGGUGGCGUCGCGCCUUAAUCAGCAAUCACCAUUCGUUGAAGAAUUCCUCAUACCUCUGGAUUUAAUCCAUUAUGCAAUUGGCGCUCAAGGGUCAAAUAUUAGACGCGCUAGUGCUAUUGAAGGUGUACUUUCUGUCAAGUUAGAUCGCCAGACUGGUAAUAUCAGGAUUUCUGGGAAGACUCAAGAUGCUGUUAAAAACGCGAAGAAGUUAUUGGACUUCUCUCAAGAUAUCUUUCAGAUACCUAAAUCAUAUGUAGGUCCUAUCUUGGGAUCAGGUCGUCGACACGUUCAACAUAUCGUGGAUCGAGUGGGACUUGUUGGAAUCAAGAUUUCUAAAUCACCUGAAGACGAUCGUGAGCACGUUUCAUUCCAGUUAACGGGAACUCAGCAAGCCAUACGUGAUACACAGUUAUUUUUGGAGUUUCAAGUCGCAAGCUUACAGGAGUUAGAUCGGCUUCGUGGUGUUGAGAAUCCGCCGUCUAUAUUAAAACCCAAGGAUGCGACCAUCCCACUUAAAGAUAUUUCGAGCAAUGAUGAGUCUUCAAAUCCUCUCACACAUUCUGAAAAUGGUCAUCGUAUAUCAAACGGUGACAAUCAAAGUUCAAAAUGCAGUGAAUCUAACUAUGCUGUACAUUCAAAUAGUUGCUCAAAUAAGGAGGAUCCGGAGAAACAAGAAACUACUUAUAACAACAUUACAAAUUCACGUCCACAUCCUGGUGGACGUCAGCCCAAGCCGAAACCUCAAGUCAAUCACAUAAGACCAGAUUUUCGUCAAAUUCCUCGCAUUCAACGAGGCGGUGGUGAAAGUAUUCGCAAUAGUGGGAGUAAUCAUACAGGUGUUUCUAAGUCUUCGGCCAACCAUGUUAACUCCAAAAACCCUAAUCAGCAAAGAAAUCAACCGAAUCAUCGUUCGGAUUCCAUGGGACCUAGAGGACAAAAUAUGUGUGCCCCAAUUGUUAGCUGAAUAAAUUUUCCAGUUGGAGUUCAAUGAACAUUUUCAGUAGACCACUCAGUUUUAAGUGCUUACCCUUACCUCCGCUUUGACUAUCCAAAUAUCCCAUUUUAUUGUACCUUUAUUCAAUUCGGCUGUCAUUUCCUCUAUACACACUCACACUGUGUAAAUCAGAUUGGAUAACUGGAAACUUGUUUAAGGGUGAUUUUUAAAUAAUCUUUCUUAUUUUUAGUGCAUAUUACUAAAUAUUCUUUGCUUUUUUCUUCCUGGUGAUAUUCACGUAUUGUUUCAACCAGUUGUAAUCUUGAACCAUGUUCUGUAUAUUGUUUCUGUUAGUUUCUGGAUUCACCAACUAAUAAAAACAAAGUAUUAUCAUACUUGGUAAUUAUCCAUUUUUAGUAAACAUUUUUGCUUUCACCCGUAUCUGAACUUAUGGCAUUACCUCAACCUAAUACCUCAGAUUUAUGUACAAAUCAUGAACUAUAUGAAGGGUUAUCCUACUAUACUUGAUUUGUAUUAUAGUUUUUAUUUAGUGCGUUUAUUAUUCAUUUCAUGUUGACUUGUUUAUCGUAAAAAGUAGACCACAAUAAGAAUUAAUAUAGUGUGAGUUGUCAAUAUUCUGUCGCUUAGGAUUUAUCACCAUAUAAUUUGAAUCACUUUACUGUAGUACACGGCACUCAGUACAAUGUUUUAUAGCAAUCAGUUUUAAAGCAAAUGGUUCGUUUAAUAAAUGCACUGAAUCUAUUCAGUCUAGCUUGAUAUUCUGAUUAU